UUGUCACAUUCGGAUUGUUCCUGCUGCCUCAGUCGCCGCUCACACUAAACCCAACCACUGUGGGUUGGAGUCUCCACUGGCCCAACUCUCACGAUUUAACAUCUUCCAACGUGAGUUGGCUAUAUUCGUGAGGAGGAAGGAACUGUCAAUCCUAGAAGGAAAUUAAAGCCGUGGAAGGCCUUGCGCUGCUUUUGCUUUUACUUACCUGCUCCGAACAAAUUGGACUUCCGGAGUCAGUCAUUUUAGUGUCAAGAAAUUUCUUUGGCACUCUAUAACAGGUGACUUGUUGUUGUUCUACAGGUGAGCAUCUGGGAGCCAUUAAUCCAGAACUCUUCUACCAGGGCACCAGGCACUGAGAUGGUAAGUUGAGUAAGUGUUGAAAUGAGUUGAAGACUAGCCUUUGGAGGUUUCCAGAGUAGAUCGUGCAUCUCCUUUGGAUGGACCGGGCAAAGUGACAUUCUGCAAACUGCUGUCAGAGGUCCUGAGAACACACAAGCCCAUCUGGCUUUCAUUCCCUGUGUUGAAUGGCAUUUGCCCCAGCAGCCCACUGAGGGCUCUUUCCCUCGGGAUUCUGAACUGUAACUAGGAACCCAGGCUGAAAAGAUGCUGAGUUCCAUCAAGUGUGUGUUGGUGGGAGACUCUGCAGUGGGGAAAACCUCUCUGUUGGUGCGCUUCACCUCAGAGACCUUCCCGGAGGCCUACAGGCCCACGGUGUAUGAGAAUACAGGCGUGGACGUCUUCAUGGACGGCAUCCAGAUCAGCCUGGGGCUCUGGGACACAGCCGGCAACGAUGCCUUCAGGAGUAUCCGGCCCUUGUCCUACCAGCAGGCGGACGUGGUACUGAUGUGCUACUCCGUGGCCAACCAUAACUCCUUCCUGAACCUGAAAAACAAGUGGAUCGGUGAAGUCAGGAGCAACCUGCCCUGCACCCCUGUGCUGGUGGUGGCCACCCAGACUGACCAGCGGGAGGUGGGGCCCCACAGGGCCUCCUGCGUCAAUGCCAUAGAAGGAAAGAGACUGGCCCAGGAUGUGAGAGCUAAGGGCUACCUGGAGUGCUCAGCCCUCAGCAAUCGGGGGGUACAGCAGGUAUUUGAGUGUGCCGUCCGAACUGCUGUCAACCAAGCCAGGAGACGCAACAGAAGGAGGUUCUUCUCCAUUAAUGAAUGCAAGAUCCUCUAAACCCCGAAGACUUUACCCAACACUCAUUUCCUCUGCCCAAAGACUAACUGAGACAGGGAGAGCCUGCAAGCCAGCAAGGAUUGAUACUCUUUCUGGAUACAGCAGCGUUUCCUUCCUGAAAAGUGUUUCCUUUCGGAUACAAUUGAUGAGACUUGGCUACUGGAUGUUUUUACAAAAUACACUCUACAAAUGGACUCUUUGCCCUUGCCAACUAGACGAUGCCUUGAGCAACUGUAAUGAAUACUCCAUCUUCAACUAAAAAAACCAAAGUGGUCUCCAUAAUUUUGGACAAUGAAGUGAGUUUUCCAAAGCAUUCUGUAUUUAAAGACAUUUUAUUUAAAUAAUAACAAAAUGAAUAGCUCUUGGAUAUAAUUAGUUUUUACACUUGGAAAGUCUUCCUACCUACUCACAAACACCAGCUGAUGUGUGAGUGAAAUGAGCUUACUGGGCUGUGCCAUGCCUGCAGUGGUACUGUUUUCACCUGAAGUAGUCAUUUUGUUGAGACCACUUGCCUGCUAGAUUUUACUAGGUAAUCAAAUUUUAAAACAACCGUCAACUGAUUCUUGCAACUAAUUUCCCACCCACUGUUUAUUCAGAGUUGUACAUAAAAUACAUGUCAAUGCAGUAA